CUUGUGUUAGCUUUUUGACUGCGUGAGAUAUUUCUCAUAUUUCACCUCUCCACAAAGGCACAUCGUUUCCUUUCCUUCCCUCAUUCAUUCGUUCGUGGUCUCUCUGUCUUGGUUGUUUUGACAGUAAAACCCAACAUUUAUCAGUUUAUUAGUCUGUUCAGAGAUAAUAUUUAAAUUUCAGUAGUAGAGUGAUUGGGUUGAUGAGUGAAAGAUCCCUUUCUUUGGCGGUUUUAGAAGCUUGAUCAUGUGAAUGAUCUCUGGAGAUACAAAGAUCAUGUCUUUAUUAUUUUGUUCUGGGUAUCUCAUGUGAGCUGUGAACUGGGUUGUUUCCCAAACGAGUUUAUAUUUCGCUUCUGAAUCUUUCAACAAUUGGUUUCAUGGCUGGGAGCAAUGAUAUCAACCGCAACGAGUCCAAGAUGGUGGUUCCUCUGAAUACAUGGGUUCUCAUUUCUAAUUUCAAGCUGGCUUACACUCUCCUUCGACGUCCCGAUGGCACUUUUAAUCGCCAUUUGGCGGAGUUUCUUGACAGGAAAGUCCCAGCCAAUGCAAACCCAGUUGAUGGGGUUUUCUCAUUUGAUUUCAUCAUUGAUCAGAGUACUAGCCUACUUAGCAGGAUCUAUAGACCAGCUAAUGCAGAUGAACCUCUACCAAGUGUUGCUGAACUUGAGAAGCCUGUGAGCUCUGGAGUUGUUGUCCCUGUAAUAAUUUUCUUUCAUGGUGGAAGCUUUGCUCAUUCAUCUGCAAACAGUGCUAUAUAUGACGUUCUAUGUCGUCGAUUGGUCGGCAUUUGUAAGGCUGUUGUGGUCUCGGUGAAUUAUCGGCGUGCACCUGAAAAUCCUUACCCAUGUGCAUAUGAUGAUGGAUGGACAGCUCUUAAGUGGGUUAAUUCUAGAACUUGGCUUCAAAGUAAAGACUCAAAAGUACAUGUAUAUCUAGCUGGGGAUAGCUCUGGUGGUAACAUUGUGCACCAUGUUGCUCUACGGGCAGUGGAAGAAGAAAUUGAAGUGUUGGGAAAUAUUAUGCUAAACCCAAUGUUUGGUGGGAAAGAGAGAACUGAGUCUGAGAAGCGUUUAGAUGGUAAAUACUUUGUCAGCAUCCAAGAUCGGGAUUGGUAUUGGCGAGCCUUUCUUCCCGAAGGAGAAGAGAGGGACCAUCCGGCAUGUAAUCCAUUUGGUCCCAAAAGCAAAAGCCUUGAGGGACUGAAGUUUCCUAAGAGUCUUGUUGUGGUGGCUGGUUUAGACCUUGUUCAGGACUGGCAAUUGGCUUAUGCUGAUGGGCUCAAGAAGGCUGGUCAAUUGGUGAAACUUUUAUUUCUGGAGAAAGCAACGAUCGGCUUCUACUUGUUGCCGAAUAACAAUCAUUUCCACACACUCAUGGAUGAGAUAAGUGAAUUUGUGUGCUCUAAUUGUUAAUAGACUUAACUUUACCAAGUAGACCACAACACGGAAAGGAAGCUUGAGAUUAUUCUUCUGGUUAUUAUGAACUUGCAGUAUAUAUGAUUGUCUAGUAUUUAUCACUCACUAGUCAAUCGUGCAUCAUUGCGUUUCAGCUUUCACGAUCCCCGUUCCGAUUUUGGGCAAUGAAGAUUGAAGUCAGGAGAAUGGGGUACAUCAUUUGGUGGCUAAUGGUCUGGAAAUUGUUUAAUCUGACGUUAUAUAUAGACUAAUUUAUAUUGUCCAUUGGAGAAAAUGUCAUGUUAAGUGUGUAUGGUAAAUUUAUAUACAUAUGUUAUAGUAUAAUACUGUAAGGCUGUUCUUACCUAGUUUCUAGCCAAUAUUUCCCUUGAAUGGUUCUUGCUUUGACUGUAUUUUGGCAACUGUAAAUGAAAUGAUAUUUGGAGGCUAAAACCCACCCAUGUAUGAUUGAUUUAGGGUUUUGAUGAUGUGAUUGGGAUUUAUGAAGUU